GGUGUUGUUUGAAUGGCGUUGGUCCGGAGCGCAAUGCGCUUUCUGUGUCUGUGUCUCGGCGCGUGCGCUUUUUGGAAACAGACUCUGGCGGGAACCGGCGCCGGGAUGCGCACAUGGGACAGGUUCGGCAAACUGCCCUAUCCAGAGGAUAAAGCCUUCCUGUACGACACGUUCCCUGAGAACUUCAUAUGGGCCGUGGGCACUGCCGCUUAUCAAGUGGAGGGCGCGUGGCAAAAGGACGGCAAGGGCAAGUCGGUGUGGGACACGUUCACACGCGCCGGGAGCCGGGUGGUCACCGGGGACGUGGGGAGCGACAGCUAUCACAACCUGGCGGGAGACCUGCGCGCGCUCCAGCAGCUCGGUGUCACGCACUACCGCUUCUCUCUGUCCUGGCCGCGCAUUUUCUCUAACGGCACGAGGAGUACUUACAACGACAAGGGAGUUGAAUAUUACCAGAGUCUCAUCCGUGGACUGAAGAGGAUCCGAGUGGAGCCCGUGGUGACUCUGUAUCACUGGGAUCUACCGGAGAGCCUGCAAAACGCCUACGGUGGCUGGAGCGACCCGGUGCUCGUGGAUCUGUUCAGGGACUACGCAGAUUUCUGUUUCCAAACCUUCGGCGCAGAUGUGAAGUACUGGAUCACAAUGGACAACCCGUUUGUAGUAGCCUGGCACGGAUAUGGUACCGGAGUUGUGGCACCUGGCAUUAAAAACGACCCAGAUAUGCCUUUUAAGGUUGGGCAUAAUCUUUUAAAGGCUCAUGCCGCAGCAUGGCAUGUAUAUGAUGAGCGCUAUCGUGCCCAUCAGGGAGGAAGAGUGUCCAUAGCACUGGCUUCCCACUGGAUCAAACCAAGCAGGACAAGGCAGGAGAGCCGGAGGGCUUGUCAGUGCUCGUUGGAAUUCGUGCUAGGCUGGUUUGCUCAUCCUCUGUUUGUAGAUGGCGAUUACCCACCAUGCAUGAAGCGCAACCUCACACACAGGCUCCCAUCAUUUACAAAGGCAGAGAGGGAGUAUGUUAAUGGCACUGCUGAUUUCUUUGCUCUGUCUCAUGGUCCUGCUCUCAGUUUCCAGCUGAUUAAUGACAGCCUGCGCUUUGGGCAGACAGAGGAUCUGGAUCUACGCAUGCUGCUCUUCUGGGUUUACUCAGAGUACAACAAGCCUCCCAUCUUUGUGGUGGAAAGUGGCUGGUUUGUCAACGGCAAUACCAAAACAAAGGAUGCCAAGCACAUGUAUUACCUUAAGCGUUUCAUAGCGGAGACAUUGAAAGCAAUUCGACUGGACAAAGUGAAUGUGUUUGGAUACACUGCCUGGUCAUUGCUCGAUGGCUUUGAAUGGUAUCGGGAGUAUGGAAUACGGCGUGGACUUUACUAUGUAGACUUUAAGUCUGAUCACCUGACGAGAGAGCCAAAGACUUCAGCCAUGUUUUACAGUAAACUGAUCGAGAAGAACGGCUUCCCCCAGCUCCCAGAGAACAGGCCUCUUGUUGGAGUUUUUCCUUGUGGUUUCACGUGGGGAGUGGCUGCGAACUCCAUACAGGUGGAGACCACACCUAUGCAGUUUGUUGACUCAAGUGUCUACAUCUGGAACAUCUCCAAUAAUGGAAAACUGAAAAAGUUGGAGGGUGUGGAAGUCCCCAUGCACAGAAAACGCCACUGUGCUGAUUUUGCUGCGAUCCGUCAACAAGUAUCAGAUAUUCAGUACAUGCAUGUUUCCCAUUUCCAUUUUUCUCUCAACUGGUCCUCUAUAGUCCCUACAGGCCAUGUAUCAGAAGCUAACAACACCUUGCUAAGCUAUUACCACUGCUUUGUUAGUGAGCUCCGGAGGGCCAACAUCACCCCAGUGGUCACUCUUUGGCACCACACUGGAAAACUCUCCAGUCUGCCUGCGCCACUGGAGACCAACAGAGGUUGGCAAAAUGAAGAGACAGUGCAGGCCUUUGCUGCUUAUGCUAGGUUGUGUUUUCAAAGGCUUGGGGAUCAUGUUAAGCUGUGGAUCACACUAAACGAACCCAAUGAUGAAGACCUUGGCUAUGCAGUCGGACAUCAGUUGCUUCGCGCUCAUGCACUAGCCUGGCGUGUAUAUGACAGUGAGUUUCGCCAGUCACAAGGUGGUAAAGCCUCUUUGGUGCUUCAUAUGGACUGGGUUGAACCUGCAUUCUCUUUUAACCGAGAAGACAUGGCUCCUGCGAAGCGAGUUUUGGAUCUCCGUGUGGGUUGGUUUGCCGAACCCAUAUUUGGCAGUGGAGACUAUCCACCAGUAAUGCGCCAGUGGCUUCAGCAGCGAAACACUAUAGACCUGUUCAAUUACCAUUUACCCUCAUUCAGUGAAGAGGAUCAACAACUAGUCAAAGGCACCUAUGACUUCUUUGCCCUCAGUCAUUUCACAACCUCUAUGGUGUAUGACGAAGUGGAGGAUAAGUACUUGUUCAAGGACACAUUAGAAGUACAACUAAUAUCAGAUGUAACCUGGAUAAUGUCUCCAAGGCGUAACUCUCCAGUGGUUCCUUGGGGUCUACGCAAAGCCCUCAAUUGGGUUGCUUCACAUUACAAAAGUGUACCCAUUUAUGUCAUGGCUAAUGGUGUCCAGGAAGACGUAGCCAGAUUCAAGGACAGUCUCCGGGUUUACUAUCUGUACAACUAUAUCAAUGAGGCUUUAAAAGCAUAUACACUGGAUGGGGUCAAUCUGAAAGGCUACUUUGCCUAUGCAUUUAAUGACCGGCAUGACCCUGGCUUUGGCAUGUAUGGCCAUGUGCAGGAGGAGGACAUAGUAAAAUCAUCUCUAACCCACUACAGAAAACUUAUUGACAAUAAUGGGUUCCCAGGCCCUGGUAGCCCCCAGAAACACUGUCCUCGCAUGCCUGAACACUCACCUGUGUGUCACGUGCUGGCUAAGCGCCCUGUUGUGGGCUUUAUCUCUUUGGUUGCUUCUGCCAUGCUCAUUACUAUGGGUGUUAUUAUAUACUACAGCAUGAAAAGACCUAAAUAACCUAAAGUUUCUGAUUUGGGUUAGUAGAUUUUAGGAGGAUGUGUUAGUUCUACUUAUUUUCAGCUACUGCUACACAAUUGCUGGCUGCUGAAUUAGAAAUAUGCACUUAAAUGAACCCCGAUUUAAAUGUGAAGCUUGUUAUUGUUUGUAUUUUACAGUUGAAUAUUUGUGUACACACAUGUAGAAUUCUUUGAUUGGUGUAUGUAUAUAUACAACUAACAGAUGGAAGUAUUGCAAGCUAAUCCAGUGCCCAGUACCUGACAUGCACCCAUCAGCUACAACACCUUUACACCACCACCAGGUGAACUGAAUAACAUUUUCAAUUAUAUAUCAGUAAACUGGUGACAGGAUCAUGAGCACCCAAUGCUUAUAACACCCUGUGAGGACCAAAGGCCAACCUGUCUGGUCCAUCCCACAGAAAAGCUAGUGUAGCCCAAAUUGCUGAAAGAUCAAUGCUGGCUAUGAAAGAAAGGUAUCAGAACAUUCAGUGCAUCCCAAACUGCCACACGAGGCUUAAGCAGGAAAAAAGUUCAAGGUUGGUGGUUCAGCCUCUAAAUUUCCAAGAUCUCAAUCUGAUCGAAUCUCCAUGGAAUGACCUGGACAAACAAGUCCGAUUCAUGCAGGCCCCAUGUUAAGUAUAAUGUUUAGCAUUUUAAUGUUAUGGCUGAUUAGUGCAAGUGUUUAUUAUGUCACAGAUGUUCUGCCACUAGGUUUGCAGACUACUUAACAAAAAAACACCACCACUACUGCCCUUAAUUUCUGCCCUUUUCUCUUGGACUGGUCUUUGUGUCAUAGCUGGUGUAUUUUAAAGAGAAAACAUGCUGCACUUUAUUAAUUAUAUCUGUUGACCUGAAUAUCUGUACUUUAUUACAUGAAAAAUAUGUUGUAUUUGUCUUAUUAUAUAUUUAGUGAAAAUUAUAUAAAAACAAAAUAAUAAAGACCUGCACUCCACUAAAAGUAGAAAAAAAAACAUGGAUUCAUGUCGAAAUUCACAUUUUCAGGGCAAGACGAAAAGACUGGACUAAAAUGUUUU